AUGAGCGUGGGGCGGACCAAUCGCUACAGCAUUGUGUCAUCCGAGGAGGAGGCCCUUCGCCUCACCACCAUGCACGGCAUGAACGGCUUCGGCAACGGCAAGAUCCACACGCGCCGCAAGUGCCGCAACCGCUUCGUCAAGAAAAAUGGCCAGUGCAACGUGCAGUUCUCGAACAUGGAGGAGAAGUCGCAGCGCUACAUGGCCGACAUCUUCACCACGUGCGUGGACAUCCGCUGGCGCUGGAUGCUGGUGGUCUUCACGCUGGUGUUUGUGGUCUCCUGGCUAGUCUUCGGGCUGGCCUUCUGGGUUAUCGCCCUGUUGCACGGAGACCUGGAAAACCCAGCUGGGGACGAUAACUUCACACCCUGCGUCCUUCAAGUCAACGGUUUUGUGGCGGCUUUCCUGUUCUCCAUCGAGACGCAGUCCACAAUUGGCUAUGGCUAUCGCUGCGUCACAGAGGAGUGUCCAGUGGCCGUCUUCAUGGUGGUCUUCCAGUCCAUUGUGGGCUGCAUCAUCGACUGCUUUAUGAUUGGCGCUAUCAUGGCCAAGAUGGCACGGCCCAAGAAGCGGGCGCAGACGCUGCUGUUCAGUCACAACGCCGUCAUCGCCAUGCGGGACGGGAAGCUGUGCCUCAUGUGGAGGGUGGGGAACCUCCGCAAGAGCCACAUAGUGGAGGCCCACGUCAGAGCGCAGCUCAUCAAAGCUCGGAUCACAGAUGAAGGAGAGUACAUCCCUCUAGACCAAAUAGAUAUCGAUGUGGGCUUUGACAAAGGCCUUGACAGGAUUUUCUUGGUUUCGCCCAUAACCAUCCUCCACGAGAUCGAUGAGGAGAGUCCCCUGUUCGGGAUCGGCAAACAGGACUUGGAGACAGCAGACUUUGAGAUUGUUGUCAUCCUGGAGGGGAUGGUGGAGGCCACCGCCAUGACAACACAGGCUCGCAGCUCCUACCUGGCAACCGAGGUCCUGUGGGGGCACCGGUUUGAGCCAGUCCUCUUUGAGGAGAAGAACCUGUACAAGGUGGAUUACUCUCACUUCCACAAAACCUACGAGGUACCGUCCACCCCCCGCUGCAGUGCCAAGGACAUGGUGGAGAACAAGUUUCUGGUCCCCAGCUCCAAUGCCUUCUGCUACGAGAACGAGCUGGCUUUCCUCAGCCGGGAGGAGGAGGAGGAAGAUGAGGUGGGAGGUAGUGGCAUCAGAGCUCUGGCCAGCCUGAGUCCAGACCGGAACAGUCGACACGAGUUUGAGAGGCUACAGACCCCCAGGGUACUGGAUCAGAGAUCGUACCGGAGAGAGUCCGAGAUAUGAACUCUAACCUUUGACCUCUACUAUGGGGUCGACUUUUGAUACCGUUUUAUUUCCAAGGGUGAGAAUGCAGAACAAUGCAAAGUGCCAUAGGAAAAGCUGACUACUGUGAUGAGGAUGGGAGGAGACAGUUGGGGGAAAGAGGGACUUUAUUGGAAGUGCAAGCAGAAGUACACAGCUCACUAAACUGUGGUACAGAAUGUCCACAACAAAG